AUGCCACCAAUCCCAUCUUCCUCUAAGCGCUUGCUAGACCCUAAUUCCCCAUCAUCCGUCUCCCCAUUGCUUCCAAAGAAGCGCCUUGCAGGCAAAAGGCAUAGCACUAAACCUCAUCAUCCUCAAAGGCGAGUCGAUAGAUUGUCCCAGCUAAAUUCUGCCUGCUCAGUUGUACUAACUGACAUUUCCCUUCCUGCCGUACCCGGUAGCUGCCUUUCAUCCUCUUCACCAAAUGAAUCUCAGCUCCACACCGACCUGGCAAGUCUCAGUGCUCGUGUGCAUAAGAUGGAGAAUGAACUGUUAUCCUAUCGUAUCAUGCAACCAAUUGCCUGCCUUCUAACUCCUGAUGCAAUAUGCGAUCCAUCAGAUCUUGCAAAAGCGUCAGUCUUUAUUGACAUGCUCGCCUCGGAAAUUACUCGGCGUAUGGAAAGCCCUUACUUGCUUCCAACAAUCACAGGCCCGCAAAGGCCAGCGAAAUCUAUCGGUGGCACACGUGGUAAAGCAUCUCUAGUGGAUAACGCUAGCAAAUACCAGUUCAAAAUCGGAUCUCCAAAAGUAGGAGCGGGAGAUGUUCUGUCAAAUUUUGAGGAUUACCGUGAGCAAUCAAUGCUGUCUUCAGCUGCCGAUGGAAACGCUCGACUAAACCGUUGGCGCACGGGUGAACAGAAGCGAGUCCCUGUGGCGAAGUUACUGGGUUAUCAGUAA